CGUACCGUAGAACGUGUUAUGUGGCCUUCGCUUUGUGAAGCGCUGCGUACCAACUUUCAGCAGCACAAGACUGCUUUUGAAAUCAAAGAGAUGGUUCGCAGCAGAAAACAGGGACAAAAUGAAAGUUUCGACGACUUCCGUAACGCUGUCCUUAAACUAGCUGAACCCUUGCAGUCACUGUUUUCAGAAUUGGAAUUAAUGGAAAUUUUGCAACAUAACUUACGACCCCGUAUACGACAACAGUUACUUUACGUACAAAUAAAUUCUUUAGCUGAAUUGCGUAGGCUUUGUCUCAAGAGCGAGAGCCUUGUUAACGAGAUAAACAGGUCAACCAACGCAUUGCCAAAUGUAAACCCGCGACCGCAAUCACGUCGUUACGUCAACGAGGUACAAGAUGAAAACGAUCUAGCAGAAAGUAUAGGAAUUGAGCCUGAAGUCGAUGAAAUCUCCAAGCUGUCAGCUGAAGCAAAACAAAUAUGCUGGAAUUGCCGACGAGAGGGGCAUAGAUACUUCGAUUGCUUCGAAAUCAGAACGGUGUUCUGUUACGGUUGUGGAGCUCCGGAGGUCUAUCGACCCAAAU